AUGUCUGGGCUCCCACAAGCCUUUCAUCCACGGCUCGAAGACAAGAUUCCCGCUAGUCACCGCGAUAAAGACAGCCGCCGUUGGAAAGAGUAUGUCCCGCGAAGUGGGGAGAGUGGAGAGCCCGAAGAGACGCCCGUGGUGCACAGUCCCGUCUGGUCCGAAAAGGGAAAGACGAAGAACAAGAGUAAAACGUUGGAAAUUGAAGAGCAGGACGAACUUUCCGCUGCAGUUGUCGGAGCUGAGCAACGUGCUUCGGUCCACAAGACGAAGAUGAAGAUGAGCGCAAAGGCGAAGAAGGACAAGCAACAAGCACCGCCAGUAAACUCAUUCGGCUUGUACUUCACGGAAGUCACAGAAGCCCGCCAAGGAGCUCGGGGGCUGGACUGGCCACCUCGUGAAGAUGACACCCUGCCAAACACCAAAGAAGAACGGGUCGCAGUUGUUCGUGAGCUCUUUGCAGCCAUUCAAGACACCAGCGAUAUCCAGGACAAGAAGUCGAGCCCCAUGCUCAAGAAACGCUGGUUGGCAGAGAGUGCGGAAGAAUCGAACGAAGACGGGGUUGGAGACCCCGGGAAGACAAAAUGCAAGCAGAGUAUCGCUAAGGACACGGUGUACAAGCCCUGGAUUAAGGAGCGUCUCUGCUGGGAGAUAUUGGUCAGUGUCGCUGCAGGUUACGCAAUGACAGGCGCUAACAUGAACAAGGAAACGACUGAACGCAUCUACCGGGAAGGCACAGCAUUCGUCUCGAUCCUGGAUCCGGUAAUGAUCGAGCGCUGCGAGAAAUAUCGGGAGCUCACAUUCAAAGAGCGCAUUUCCAGUGUAGUGGGGGUGUUGAAGUCGUAUAAGAGCCGUGUUGAUAAGUUGCUGCGUGGAGGGUGUGUCGAAGAAUACGUGUUGUGCCCGGAUGCUGUUCUUCAAAUCAGCUCGAGCAACCGCGAACAGAACGAUGAGCGCCAGAAGGACCUUGCCCAUGGUCGAAAGCGCGAAGACCGGCCUGUCAAGAAGCCCGGGAAGAAAAAGCAGAUUCUGGCGCCUACACCGGCAACUAGUCGCAAGCGUACUCGCUACAAUCCUGAGGACGCGUCCGAUAUGGGGCCGCGCGACCUCAGCCAUCACUCGAAGUUUCCGAUGAUGCUGCGACUUCACGGCAGCAUCACACCUAAGCUUGUUAUACCCGUUUUGCUGGUAGGCGGGUGGGCCACCGCCGUUACUUGCAUCUCGAAGCUUGUAUAUGACCUUGGAACCGACCAAGUCUUCAUCACCGUACUAGGCUUUGUCGUCAGUCUGGCCCUCAGCGUCCGCAGUUCUACCUCGAUGGACCGCUACUUCCAAGGUCGACAGCUUUGGGGGCGCCUCCGACUCGCAUCGCACAUCUUGGCUCGUCUGAUAUGGAUACACGCUGAAGAGAGACAUGGUGCUGAUGCGGGGUUGGGGAAGCAAGAUCUGCUCGGCAAGGUCAGCUGCUUGAACCUGAUCGUGGCUUUCGCUGUCGCAGUGAAGCACAAACUGCGGUUUGAGCCAGGAACGCAUUAUGAGGAUCUGAAGCACCUGGUCGGUCAUCUGGACACCUUUGCGCAAGCAGCGGAUAUGCCUGCGCCCGACCCUCCGAGCGCUUUCAGGCGGACUUGUCAGCUACUCGGCAUGCCCAUGGCGACGCCCAACCCACGCAAACACGUCAAGCAAUCGCGCGUGCCUCUCGGUGACCUACCCCUUGAGAUAUUAUCUCACCUCUCUGCGUACAUGAAAGUUCUAUACGACAACGGCACGUUGAGAGACUACAGUAUCUAUCAAACCCAGACUUUGGACUCGCUGACAAUCAUGGACGAAGUGUCGUGUGGCACGGAGAGAAUCCUGAACACACCGCUUCCACUUGCGUACUCCAUCGCCAUAUCCCAGGUCACUUGGCUGUACAUUCUGUUGCUGCCGUUCCAAUGCUACAACAGCUUAGGCUGGAUCACCAUCCCUGCAUGUGUGGUCGCAGCGUACAUCAUUCUGGGUAUCGCUUUCAUCGGCCGUGAGAUCGAAGACCCUUUCGGACACGACGUCAAUGACCUACCUCUGGAUGCCUUCUGCCAGCAAAUCCGCCAAGACCUUGACAUUAUCAUGUCACGCGUUGCGCCUCUCGUCAACGACUUUAUGGGUCGUGAAGAAAACAUGCCGCUGUAUCCCCUUUCAUAUCUGAGCACGAGAGCAUGGGCAAACAAGUCGCCAGAUGAGAUACAUGUCGCUUUGUCGCAGAAGGUAGGUCUCCAUCAUCCCAUGGUUGAACGCGGUGAGAACCCGGUGCCACCUACGCAAGGAAGAUUAAGUGGCGUAGAUAGCUGGGUGGAGAAGGGUGGAGCAGGACCGAUCGGCACGACAGGUCACUACAGAAGAAAACACGGAAGUGUUUAG